GGCGACGCGUCAUCCCUGCCCGGCUGCCCCCCUUCAUUUCCGUGUCCUCUUCAAUUUGCAGAGAAGCAGCAGCAGCAACGCCGCCUCCGCCUCCGCCUUCCCGUUCACACCGCCGCUCCGCUCUUCUCCUCGCCCCCAGCCGCCGCGGCCGCCAUGCCCUAGCGCCGUAUUCUCCGCCCCGAGCUCCGUCGGCUGCCUCCAGCGCCCACCGUGGCCGGACGCGCUCCCCGCAUCUGGGCGGGCGGGCGGGCCGGUCGUCGGCGCGCCCCUGCCGCUCCGUCGCCGGUGCCAUUGUACUUGUAUUAAUCCCCUGUGAUCAUCACCAGUACUAGGGAUGCGUUCCUCAGAAAAUAAAACAGUGUGCUCCAACUCACUACGAUCAUCAAAAAGGAGGAAAGAGACCUCUUCGGAGUUGAUUCCUGUAUCAAACAGACCAAGUCGACGUAAUGCUUCCCGCCAGUGUAAAUCUGAUUCUCCUUUGAAGGGAUCACCAAGGAAAGAUAGGAAUGCUACUCUGGCAAAAAGCAUAAAGAAGAAAUAUCAUUGUAGUCCUAUGAAACGGCGGAGGGGUUCAGAUUCUGUUGCUGGAAAAAUUGUAACAGGACUAGUUGCGAGGAGGAAGAAAAAAAGAAAAAGGCAAAAUAUUGAUGAUGCAAUUCGCUUGGAAAGAAGAGCGAGAUAUUUUCUAAUCAAGAUAAAAUUGGAGCAGAAUUUACUAGAUGCUUACUCUGGGGAUGGAUGGAAUGGCCAAAGCCGAGAGAAAAUAAAACCAGAGAAGGAACUGCAGCGUGCCAAGAAACAGAUCAUAAAAUGCAAAAUUGCUAUACGUGAUGUUAUUCGCCAGCUUGAUUUGUAUAAUUCCACUGGGGGUGUUGAUGAUCCAGUGAUGCCUCCAGUUGCACGUACCAAUUCUGAACAUAUCAUGUGUUCGACAUGCAAGUCUCAUGAAUCAUUUCCCAGCAAUAAAAUUAUCCUCUGCGAAGGGGCUUGCAAAAGGGCAUAUCAUGAGAAAUGUUCGGAACCUCCUUUAGAAAAAAAUGCUCUUCCAACAAGUAGCCUUGGAUGGCUUUGCAAAUUCUGUUCGUGCAAGGUGAAAAUUUUAGAAGCUAUUAAUGCACAUCUAGGAACAAAUUUUACGGUGAAGUGCCCUUUUGAAGAUGUUUUCAAGGAAGCAACUGAACAAAUUGACUCUGAGGAUGCACUAGAUGAAGAUUGGCUUUCUGAGUAUUCAGGUGAUGAGGACUAUGAUCCUGAAGAAAACGAGGCCAGCAGCAGUUGCAUGAACAGUGGGGAAGAAAUUAUGUCUGAUGAUUCCAAUGGUUCAGGAAGUCCACUUUAUUCUCCAAAUGAUGAUAUUCCGGAAUUCAUAUCAGUAGAAUUCAAUAAUGCUGAAGGGUUCUGUCAUGCCAAUUUGGACUUAGGCAUUGAUUCUAGUGAAGAUGAUUGCGCACAGAUCCUUACACACCAAAGGCCAAGAAGAGAUGUUGAUUACCGAAGACUUAAUGAGGAAAUGUUUGGAAAAAUAAUUGAGAAUGAAGAGCCGAGUGAGGAUGAAGAUUGGGGUCAUGACAGAAGAAAGAAAAGAAAAACACGUGCAAGGAGUGUUGGGGAUAAUUCUGUUGAGGGUUUCUCGAAUGUUAUAUCAGAUGAAAAGAUCCAGAAGAAGGGGAGAAAACUUUUCAGGAUUCCUCCCGAGGCAGUCGAGGUGCUUCGCAAAUCUUUUGCUGAAAAUGAGCUCCCACCCCGGGAUGUCAAAGAAAAUCUCUCGAAAGAAUUGGACAUCUCUUUUGAAAAGAUUGAUAAAUGGUUCAAAAAUACUCGGUGUGCUGCUCUCAGAGAUCGUAAGGCUGAAGGGAACAGUCGUAGUACCGCUCCCAGCAAAAGCUCAAGAAGUAAAGGAAAAGCUGGAAUCUCAGGCAAGGCUGAAAGAAAUGGUCAUGUUACUGCUUCCUCCAAUAACUUGGGAACAGGCGAAGAAAAAGCUAUCUUGGGCAAGGUUGAUUCAGGAGACAAUUCAUGCUUUGUUCCCUUGUCUGAAAUCAUCAAUGUGCCUACACGAUUGCAACGGAAUCUUGAGAAGAGGAAGAUGGAAUCAACUAGCAGUCCUGUGAGGCCAGCUUGUUCUCCAACAGACCAAGUCAAGGAGAGUACGUCACCUACAAGCAAGUCUUGUCUGUGGACAGAUUUGAGCCAUCCAAUAAACAAUGAAGUCAGCACUGGAGAGCAAGCUGCUUCACAGUUAGAUAGUGGUGCCUGCGCUGAAGAGCAAGCUGCUCCUCAGAUGGAUACUGGUGCCUGUGCUGAAGAGCAAGCUGCUUCUGAGAUGGAUACUGGUGCCUGCGCUGAAGAGCAAGCUGCUCCUUUGGUGGAUGUUGGGGCCUCAGAUUAUCAGCCUUUCCUGGAUGUGAUCGAUGAGAUGUGCGGACUUGAAUGUAGGCUGCAGAAGCUGAAGAAGAACAUGCUGUCAUCAGGAGCAGAGGGCUGUGGUAAUGGUGGGAGUGACAUGAAAAACCAAGCUGUGGUGCUCGUGCCAUCCGCUGAGCUCAAGGAAAAAGCGUAGCAUGGCGCUUUAUCUGGGCAUUGCCCAUAGGUUUUAUAUAGCAGAUAACUGUAUAGAGAACCAAGAAAAAAAAAAGGAAACAAGAAACAGACAAGUGCCGGCUUACAUAACAUACUGUCAGAGUGCCUGUGCGGCCUCGACAUUACUAAUAGGCGUCUGGUAGUCUAAACGAGCCAGAAACAUACCUUCGGUGCCUUGGGAAUUUUAUAUGUUCUAGAUCAGAGUUGGACCUGUUAGCAAAGCUGUUCUUAUCCAAGUGAUGGUUGUACCAAGCACACUGAUCUCAACCUGUCAUUUAAUUUCAAAGAGAACUUAGCAUGCAUGCAUGAUUCUCCU